AUGGCGGAACAAAAUACAAAUGAAGAAAAUACAAAUGAUGAAGGACAAGGCAUGGACCCAGAAUUUGAUGCUUUAUUUGAGCAACUCAAUACCAAGUUACACCCUGAUUGUGAGAUGUCUUCUUUAAACUUUUUGGCAAAGUUGUUGCAUAUUAAAGUGAUCAAUAAAUGGACAAAUAGUUCAUUUGACCAACUUUUAGAGUUGCUAGGAGUUGUUUUCCCGAAGAGUAAGAUUCCAACUUCACACUAUGAAGCUAAGAAAAAAUUGAGAAAGAUAGGGUUAGGAUAUGAGUCCAUCCAUGCUUGCAAAUAUGACUGUGCUUUGUUUUGGAAGGAGAAUGCUUCCAUGCAGAAUUGCCCGAUUUGUAACGAGAGUAGAUGGGUGGACACAACCACAAAGGGGAAGCGAGUACCACAAAAAGUGUUGCGGUACUUUCCUUUGACUCCAAGACUUCGACGGAUGUAUAGUUCCAGAUUCACAGCUAAAGAUAUGAUUUGGCAUAAUACUGGAAGAUCAACGAAUGGUAUGAUGUAUCAUCCGGUAGAUGGGAAGUCAUGGCAAGAAUUUGAUAAGAGAUAUCCAGAGUUUGCCAAAGAACCUAGAAAUGUUCGUCUAGGUUUAGCUGUUGAUGGCUUUAAUCCAUUCGGCAACUUUAAUAACAAUUAUAGUAUUUGGCCGGUUAUAUUGACUACCUACAAUACACCACCAUGGAUAUGUAUGAAAGAGUCUUUUUUCAUGCUAACUUUGCUAAUUCCUGGUUCUAGAUCACCCGCAAAGGACAUUGAUGUUUACUUGAGGCCUUUGGUGGAUGAGUUGAAAAUGUUGUGGUUUGAAGGAGUCCAAAUAAGAGAUGCAUCAACCAACACUGUAUUUAAUAUGCGUGCGAUGUUGUUAUGGACUAUCAAUGAUUUCCCAACACGUAGUAGUCUAUCUGGAUGGAGUGGUCAAGGUUAUUUAGCAUGCCCUACUUGUAACGAAGACACAUCUUCCAUUUAUGUGACCAACAAGAUGUGUUACGUUGGUCACAGACGAUUCUUGAAUAUAAACCAUAGUUGGAGGGAGAGUCUAUUGUUUGAUGGUCAACCUGAGACAAGACCGCGUCCUAGAAGAUUCAGUAAUGCAACUAUAUUAAAGCAAGUAAAUUGUCUCUCUGAUCGAAUUCCAGGGAAACAUCCUGAUUAUGGGGGCAAAAAAAGAAAGCGCGACGAUGAAAGGAAAAAGAGAGAGUUAAAUUGGACAAAACGAAGUAUCUUCUUUGAGCUUGAGUAUUGGUCUUCCCUCGAUCUAAAACACAAUUUCGAUGUUAUGCAUAUUUCAAAGAAUGUGAAUGAGAGUGUGUUGAAUACUGCACUGAUGAAUGAUAAAAGCAAAGACAAAAAAGAAGCAAGAAUUGACUUGAAAAAUAUGGGCAUUAGACCAGAUCAAUGGCCAAAAGAGAAAGUCAAGAAGAUGAAGAAAAACAACAAGGAAGAAAACAAGAAGAAGGAAAUACUCCCACAUGCUUCUUACUCUUUCAAACCAAUUGAUCGACAACGUUUCUGUCAAUUCAUUAAAGGAGUGAGACUACCUGAUGGUUUUGGAUCAAACUUUAAGAAGAAGGUUAAUGAUACCGAAUCAAAUUUGGUUGGGCUGAAGUCUCACGAUCAUCACAUUCUCAUGCAACGAUUGCUACCUAUAGGGGUUCGAGCAUGUCUCCCACCAAAUGUUUCAAGAACAAUCAUUGACCUAUGUACAUUCUUUAAAAAAAAUUUGUGCACGGUCAUUGGAUGUUAA